AUGUCAACUCACGAUAUCUCCGACAGCGGCUUCGGUCUAUCCGAACGGUCUGUCAACCGCUUCGCCGAGCGAACUGCUGUGGCCUGCCUCAUCGCCUUAGCGUGGUACAAUGCAUUGGAGCUGGUCGUCCUCUGCUUCACUACGUUCAAGCGAUAUGGCGGGUGUUACUUCUGGUGUCUGCUCAUAUCAUCCAUGGCCAUUAUUCCCUUCGGUCUCGGAUACCUCCUCAUCAUCUUCGAUAUCUACAACAGCCUUUUCUCGGUAGCAAUGGAGCUCAUUGCCUGGGUAUGCAUGGUAACGGGUCAGUCCCUCGUGCUCUGGUCACGUUUACAUCUCGUCGUCCAAAAUCGAUCUAUCCUCCGCUGGACUCUCGCCAUGAUCAUCGUCGAUGCGAUCGUCUUCCAGAUCCCGGCCUCCGUCCUCGAACUCGGCAGCCAUUCCAACAAGUCGUACCUGUUUACCCGGGGGUUCAAUGUUUUCGAGCGAAUACAAUUGAUCGCAUUUUCACUACAAGAGGUGGUGCUUUCAGUGAUCUACUCAUGGGAAGCAGUGCGCCUACUCAAUCUUCGCCCAAGAGGUCACUACCGCAGCACCCUGGUCCAACUACUGAUCGUCAACUUGGCCAUGAUCCUGAUGGACGCCGCAGUGAUCGGAGUCCAGUACUCCGGACUCUUCGAUAUUCACGUCACGCUCAAGGCAUUUGUCUACAGCGUCAAACUCAAGUUGGAGUACGCCAUUCUGGGCAAAUUAGUGGUCUUCACGGAAAUGUGCGGCAGCGCCUCGCAACCUACCGACCUGUCGGACUUCGUGGAUCUCUCUUUUCACCCCAACCAAUCUGGAGAUCGCGACAGCCAGGCUCGAAUAUAUGACACGCCCGAGUCUAAUCUGCCACAACGCGUGCAUGUGGCUUCGAAACAACCUUCUGACUCACAAAUCUUCGUUACGUCUGACAAUCCCAGUUUAAGUAAUGAGGCUUUGUGA